AGGAAGUUGUUUUUAUUUCCGUUCUGCGUUGUAUCUAUUUUGUUUACGCCGUCGGGCCUCUGCGCCGACCUGAAAAUACUUGCUUGAAGGUUGCCUCUAAAACCUCUCUAAAAUGAAUAUGGCUGACAAUUCAAAGAAAAUGGAGUGGACAGAUGAGCACGAUUUAUUGUUGAUGAGAGAAAUGAUGGUUAGUGAUCUGUUUUAAUACAAAAAGGGAAGCCCCAAUCGGGGAUUAGUAUGGGAUUCUAUUGUCGAAAACUUAAAUAAAACGGAAGCGCAAGUCUUUACUUUAAAAGACAAGAGAAGUGUUCGAGACCCGUGGAGUCUUUUAAAAGCUAAGUUCAAGCAGAAGAUGCGCAAAGAAGAAAGGGCAAGUGGCAUUGAUGUCGACGAACUGUCGGUGAAAGAAAGUUUGAUUAAAGAGUUGUGCCAAACAGAGGACAGCUUCCUUGAGGUAGCAUCAGUUCAAAGGCAAAAGGAAAAUGCAAAUGCUAUUGAUAUAAGGAUGACAGCCUUGGAACGAAUAGGCGAAACAAGCAAGAGAAAAUCUGAUGGGCAAAACUCUGAUGUUAAGCUUAAGAGAGUACGCCGCGGAAGUUGUGAGUUAGUCGAAUAUUUGAGAGAAAGAUCAAGCAAGGAAAUUGAAAUCCGUCGUGCAGAACUAGAAGUAAAGCGAAAUGAGCAAGAAAUACAAAAUCAAUUGAGUACCCCAGCAGCUACACAACAAACAGAAGUCUUAAAAAUGAUGCAACAACAAAAUCUAAAAAUGAUGGAGAGCCAAGCUUUACUUCUUCAGCAACAACAGCAAUUGUCAACAGCAUUUCUUGACAUUAUUCAGAGGUUCACAACCAAGUAAGAUUGUGUUGUCACUUACAAGGAAAGAAUUCUUAACUGUUGUGUUUUAGCAAUCUGUGUAACUAUGAACUUUUAAUGUUUUGCUAUUUGAAUUAUAAUACUUUUCUCACUUACAUUUGUCAGUACUUACAUAACAAGUUACAUACUUGCUAAUUGUUUGUGUGUUUAAUAAUGAGUCAUUUUGGCAUUCAUUAAUUAGUUAUAAAGUAAUUCUCCAAGGUUGGAGGAUCUAACUGAAAAAACUUGGAUGUUAUAUUUCCAUACAUGCAAGUGAGUGAAUUUCUUAACAAUGCACAGACAAUAUAUGCUUUCCCAACACUA